UGUGAAAGAUCUCAUUGUUAAUGGCGAGUGCACUGACACUGCGAAUCUUUGUCUCCUUAGCGGGAAUCUGCCAGCACUUGAACUUCCGCAAGCAGUGCGAAUGCUGCUGGAGGAUGAAAAGCUUUUCAGAACAGGAAAGGCAUCACAAAAAUGUCAAUGGAACGUCAUCCAAAUGACGUUCUCAUGGAGCAUGGAGUGCGUGUUGGAAGAGCUGGAAGCCCAAGGAAGAGAAACAAGAAACGCAACAAUGGUGAUGAUGAUGUAUGCCUAUCGUACACCCGAUGCCGGUAGUUGGAUCCAGAUACAUACAUGUACUCCGAGUACAUCAGCUUGGCGGCACAGUAUUCUGCCCUCCUUCCAGCUGAACUGAAGCUGCUAUGGUGAUAUCCAAUACAGAUCAUCAAGAAACCCCCACUUCCAGGAAGGAUGAUUCGGAGGCAGAGGGGAAAACUUUGCUAUUAGCAUCCAGUGGCGGCCAAGACAAUUGUUCCUUGAAGCAUUCACCGUCGUCGCAGCUAGAGGCAGCAGCAACCUCGGCUCGGAAUUUGAUCCGAAGGACCAGCUCUGUGGUGUGGGAUGAACGACCCAAGACACCGGCAGGAUGGUCGAUUCUGUUGGCCGCCAUGGCUUCUAUGCUGGUUGGAUACGAGCUGCAACUGCAACAACAAUUAACCUGUCCUCCCCUAGUGUUUUUACAAGACGAUGAUCAUGAAAACAAUCCACCAUCACUAAUCCACCUAAUCUACCGUCAUUUGACACGACAUUCCGAUUCCAUCUUGUCCCAAAACAUUACACCCAGUCUCUGGGUAGGAACACGGAGUCUGCUGGCGACGAGUUUGGCGGUGGUGACGGGAAUUCCCAAUCACUCGGACCAUCAUCUUCGAUUGCAAGAAAUUGUCACCAUGCCCAUGGACGGAGCACAAAUUGCCCUCUACUGGGAAGCUCCAUUGGUGGAACCUCCAAACAAUACUAAUACUAAACAACAACAAGCUCCAUCCAGAAUAAUAAUAACCAGAGAAACUCUGCUUCAAGGACCCAUUGACAAGCCCCUGGUGUUGAUUCUGCAUGGCUUGAAUAACAAUUCCAGUUGUGGCUACAUUCGAUCCUUGCAGAGAAUCAUUUCCAAUCGAGGACACAUUGCCGUUGCCAUGAAUUUUCGGGGCUGCCAAUGUCCCUUGACAUCCCCCCGAGGAUACAAUGGGGCGUAUACGGGGGAUUUGCGAAGUGUCGUGCACAUGAUCGUGGGGCGAUUGCAUUCGGCAAGUGUGCCAUUGUUUCUGGUGGGACACUCGCUGGGAGGCAACAUUAUUACCAAAUAUUUGGGCGAAGAAGGAUUGAGCGGCACAUUGCAUCCUUCCAUUGUCGCUGGUGCCAGUCUGGCCAAUCCGUUGGAUAUUCAUUCUCGCAAUAAUGUGCACACGCCAUGGAAACAGUUGAUGGCAUGGGGCGCCAAGAUGGACAUUCUAUCCAAAUGGAAAACCUUUCAACAACUUACUGGGUAUCCCGAAGUGCGCAAGGCAUUAUGGGGCAUAGUAAAGGCCACCACUAUGGACCAAUUUGAUGAAGCUGUCUUUCCUCUACUGCUGCGGAAUGACCCGUACUACCCCUUUGGAAUACACAUUGGGUAUGAAUCUGUGGAGGAGUACUGGAAAGACUGCAGUUCCUAUCGCUUUGUCAAGCACAUUACGGUUCCCUUGCUGCAGAUUAUUGCGGGGGAUGACCCUGUGGUCUACCACUGCUUCCAGCGGAAACUAACGCAUAGUAUUCGCAAUCCCAAUGUGAUGAGUGUCGAGACCAAAUGUGGUGGACAUUUGGGGUGGCAAGAGAGUCCUCCUCCACAGAGCCAGAACAACAGCGACAAUGACAAUGGUGACCGACCCAGUUGGGCAGGAAGAGCCACUGCCGACUUUAUUGAUGCCGUUUUGGAAAUUAGAAAGACUCAGGCAUCAUCCGGUCCAGUGCAAUGGUCGUCGUCUGAACACAUCAUCAACAAGAACAACCAUGAUCGCCAAGCUGAGAACAAUAGUGUGGGUUCCACCAGAACGGAUCAUUCGGACGCUCCUCUGCUGAGAUCUAGACUUUGAGCACAAAGCAAUGAGUCUAGCUGAGAGGCAUACCGUUCUGGUCUCACAACGACAGCUAGAGAAAGCAUCUGAGAGCUACUACUAGCCUGCUAGUAGUAAAAUUUAGCCAAAACUUCUGGGGUUUAUUGUAUGCAGUAGACUGAAGUGCUUGCUUGGCGCACUCAGAUUGUGUAGCUAGACAGUGAUUCAUUCGUCAAGGACUGAGACUCUUGCCUCGUCUCUUUCGUGUGCAGAUAGAUACAACCAGACCUUGCAUUGCUUCGUAAGGCUGGCUGCUAGCUAGCUGAGAUGUAGAAUCGAAUCAGUUGUUUAGACAAAGCAGAACUCGACAUCAUCUGCAUGAGACGCACAAAACGCCACCUUGGCAUUGUCUACAGCCUUGCGUGCCUUGGCCUUGAAGGAUGCCACACGGCCAUUCUGCUUAAUGUCUUUAAAGAACACGUGUGCCAUGUCCAUUUUGAGAAGCCUCCAAGCCGUGUACUCUUCAAUGGUGGAAGCCGCGUGCGAGUGGACCAGAGAGACAAACGACUUGGCGGUCAACUCAUGAGUCGCCGCCUCUUCCGCCGCCGCUUCUUCCCAUGCCAUUUCCAACAAAUCCGGUGAGACAUCCAAAAGUUUGCACAAUGCUUCUUCCGACGCAUGCUGGACUUCUUCGAGUUCCGUCAUGAGCGCGUUGACCUUGUUGGCGUUGCU